AUGCUAAGCAAUGCUGAGCAGCUUCUGCAGAUCUUUGAACAUGACAGACAGCCUAUCAAGUUCUUUCUUGUUGCAGGACCCACUUACAUGAUGGAAAAGGCAGGCUUGAAACUACAGGAUCUUCAAAUCCAAAUGACUUUGCAGAACAUUUAA